GAGGAGGGGAGGAGGAGGAGGAAAGUCGUGGUUGGUGCUCCUCUUGCUUUGUUGUAUAUAGUAUUUCAGAAAACGUGAAAAAUUCUUCUAUGUCAAGAAUAAGACGAGAUGGUUCUAUAGUAAAAUGAUCGUUUCUAGGGUUGAUUACAUAGCUUGACAGUAAGGGAGGGACAGAUUAUCGUUGUGGAAAUGUACCGCUCUGGCCGGCUUAAAAUCUCUGAGAUAAAUCCCCAUCUAACGUGCAUACUAUGUGGUGGAUAUUACAUCGAUGCCACAACAAUUAUAGAAUGUUUGCAUUCCUUUUGCAAAACGUGUAUUGUGCGUUAUUUGGAAAGUAGCAAAUAUUGCCCAAUCUGCGAUGUUCUCGUACAUAAAACUCGGCCCUUGCAGCACAUUCGACAAGACCAAAUAUUACAAAACCUUGUGUACAAAAUGGUACCCGGGCUGUUUUCUAAUGAAAUGAAAAGACGACGUGAUUAUUACAUCAAACAUCCAUGUUCAGCCACACACCAACCAUGUGGUUCGGUAGACAGUGAAGUGAACGGUCUACUCAAGGCUGGGGAGGGUGCCCGUGCACACGAAAGAAUCAUUUAUUCAGAAGAUGAAAAGAUAAGUUUAUCACUGGAAUUCAGUUCAAAUGGCUGUCCACCUGAUUGUUGUCAUCAUCAAGAAGAAAGUGACCGGCUGAAAUUAAAUCUACUUCGUGUUGCUGGUAAAUACCGAGUGAAAAAGAAGAAAAUAUCUUCUCUAGUGUCUGACUGCCGCUACCUCUUAUGUCCAGCUUCGGUAACAGUUGCACAUCUAAAAAAGUUUAUUCGAAUGAAGUUUUCUCUUUCCCCUCGAUACAAGAUUGACAUAUUCCAUACGGACGAAUCUCUGAGUGACAGUUACACGUUAAUAGAUAUUGCAUACAUCUACACAUGGCGGCGGAAAGGUCCACUUCGACUAUUUUAUAGUGUCUAUGAGAAUCCAGCCAAGCGUAUCAAGUUUUCAGAACCUAGAGAGCUUGAUGUCACUAGUCCGACCUCCACUUCAACUAAUACUCACUACGUUGCAACGUCCAUUCCGCACCCAGCUCAGAACGGUGAUAAAUCCGACAGCGAGACAGUGAAAGAGUCAGCUAGAAGUGGUGGUAGCAUUGGUGGCUGUAGUGGCGGGAGCAGCUCAAACUGCAGUAGCAAUAACAAGAACAACAUUAAGAACAAUAAGAAUAGUAGUAACAUCAACAAUAAAAACGGCAGCAGCAACAGCAACAAAAAUAAUUGCAACAACAGCGGGAACGGCAGCCAUUCGAGCAAGAAUGCAUCUCACAAUUCAAGCAUAGCUUCAGUUAUCAUUAGCAGCGCUACAAAUUCAACAACAACAACAGCAGCAGCAGCAGCGGCGGCAGCAGCAGCAGCAGCAUCACCCAGAGCAACAAUGUCGAGCGGUGCGACUGCUCUUUCUAUUAAUAACGUCGUCAGUGCAAGCAACGUUCCAUCCAAUGCUCUGAACCCAACAACCGCAAUAUUGACCUCACCAUCUUGUACAAAAGUGGCUUCCUCGUCCACCAGCAGCACAACGGCAUCGACACUGGAAGUGAAGAGUACUCAGUUGACAACUGCUGCUACUGCUGCCGCCGCUGCUGCUAUGGUUGACAACCAAAAUAUUACUUUCAAAAUGCCCGAGGAUGAGAAAUACGAAAGGCCAAAAGAUUUCAAAGAAUUAGUAUUUAAUGGACAAGUUCUAAAUGGCCAUGAUGAAAAUGUGAUUGUUAAAACUGAGCCAAUGACGGAUGCCUUAUCUGUGACGUCAUAGCUGGCGAUGAAACAUAUUGAGGCGACGCUCCUUGAGAAUUUCUUUGUUUUUUUUUUGUUUUUGUUUUUUUUUAAUCACAGUCACUGGUGUAGGAACUGGAAUACCAUUUUGUACCCAGUUCGGUGUUCUGCACAACAUGUAAAUAACUAUUCGAGGAACCUGCUAUGAAGAUAUAUAUAUAUAUAUA